AUGAAGGAAGACCACGGCAGAGAGAAAGUGGGUGGUGGGGGAGAGAAAGUGGGUGGUGGGGGAGAGAAAGGGGGUGGUGGGGGAGAGAAAGGGGGUGGUGGGGGAGAGAAAGGGGGUGGUGGGGGAGAGAAAGGGGGUGGUGGGGGAGAGAAAGGGGGUGGUGGGGGAGAGAAAGGGGGUGGUGGGGGAGAGAAAGGGGGUGGUUGGGGAGAGAAAGGGGGUGGUUGGGGAGAGAAAGAGGGUGGUGGGGGAGAGAAAGGGGGUGGUGGGGGAGAGAAAGGGGGUGGUGGGGGAGAGAAAGGGGGUGGUGGGGGAGAGAAAGGUGGUGGUGGUGGGGGAGAGAAAGGUGGUGGUGGUGGGGGAGAGAAAGGUGGUGGUGGUGGGGGAGAGAAAGGUGGUGGUGGUGGGGGAGAGAAAGGGGGUGGUGGGGGAGAGAAAGGGGGUGGUGGGGGAGAGGCUGGUCGUUCAGUACGUAAAGAAACGAAAUACAUAGCUUCUCGUUCUCUUAUGGACGACGAAACUGUACGUGAAUUGCAGCAAGAUUUUGUUGAUAACGAGAGUGGAGGUUGCUGUAUCGACGACUCAUAUGGUGAUCCUGACUUUGUGCUAGAAGAAUUGUGUCAAACUUCAAGUGAAUAUUUCUCACUUUCAUUUCGUUAA